GCCUGUUGCGUUCGCUAACCGCCAAAAGCCUGUGACGUAUCUACGCGGACAUGCGCAGUACGAACCUACAUCGGCAUGAUCAUAACGUUGUAGAGCCGAUAAUCAGGAAGGAUUUACUUUGGGCACCUGUCCAGUGCCGACUGGGCGUACACGUCUGUGUUUUUCUGGGGGAUUGAGCUCGUCACCUUGCAAAGAUGGAUUUCCAGCAUCGAGCUGGAGGGAAGACGGGGAGCGGUGGGGUGGCAUCUACCUCUGAGAGCAACCGUGAUAGGCGAGAACGGUUACGUCAGCUGGCCCUGGAGACAAUUGACAUCAACAAAGACCCCUACUUUAUGAAAAAUCAUUUAGGAUCAUACGAGUGCAAACUUUGCUUGACACUUCAUAACAAUGAGGGCAGCUACUUGGCUCACACACAAGGAAAGAAACAUCAGACCAACUUAGCGCGGAGAGCAGCCAAAGAGGCAAAAGAAGCCCCUGCUCAGCCAGCUCCAGCGAAAGUGAAGGUCGAGGUCAAGAAGUUUGUCAAAAUUGGCCGACCAGGAUACAAAGUAACUAAACAGAGGGACCCAGAGACUGGACAGCAAUCCUUACUUUUCCAGAUUGACUACCCAGAGAUCGCUGAAGGAAUUGGACCCCGGCAUCGUUUCAUGUCUGCUUACGAACAGCGCAUCGAGCCGCCUGAUCGUCGCUGGCAGUACCUGCUUUUGGCUGCUGAACCAUAUGAGACUAUUGCCUUUAAGGUCCCCAGUAGGGAAAUUGAUAAAGCAGAAAACCGCUUCUGGACCCACUGGAACAGGGAAACUAAACAGUUCUUCCUACAGUUCCACUUCAAAAUGGAGAAAGCUAUUACCCAGUCCAGUGGACCCCCACCCCCUGCAGGUGUGAAGCGUCCCCCUCCUCUCAUGAGUGGAGGUGGACCUCGCCCACCAAAUGAGUCUAUGCCCCCUCCCCCACCAGGAGGGAUGCCUCCUCUCCCACCUGGCGCUCCGGGAAACCCCCAUAUGCCUCCUCAGAUGCCCAUGCCUCCCAUGCCAAUGAGGCCGCCUCCUCCUGAGGGCCUUAUGUCUAAUAACUGAUCCCCUACCAGUGUAUCAUUAUCGCUUUUUUUCAUGAUGUGUUCAAUGAUGUUUAACGUCUACAUUUAGUAGAUUUUUAUACAUUUAUUUGGUUUAUGUAAAUGUGGACAGCCCGUAUCACCACACUGUUUUGUAAAAAUGCUUAGAUUCUGGAUUUGGAGCUAUGAUUGAAAAUAGCAAAUCUUUUAGGGAUUCUGUUUUUGUAAUUAAAUUCUGUGGAUAAAA